CGCGCAGCUUCAGGCAUCCUGAAAGGCAGUGCAUGAGUAAUUAUCUUGCCGAUCAAGAGAACCGUGUGGACGCGGAGGAUCUCAAGAUGCCCGCACCCGUCAAGUGCUUAAUCGGAAUGAGUACAGCUGAAGAUCCUCAGCCUGCAGAGAAAAUUGAAUUCUCUAAUCUCUUUGGUAUGUGUGAAAAUGCUUAGUUUUGAGGUAGGAGGCAAGUGUAUUGGGACCGGGCAAGUUGAAGCUCAUUGGCUGAGUCCCAAAAACAACUAUACGCAACAAGUGGGAUGCACUUUGAAAGAUGGACAUAUUGGAAUAUACAAUGGCCUUGUGGGAUGGCCAUCUUUCCAUAGGAAGCUGAGGCAUGAAUAUAUCUGAAAGAAAAGAAAGCUUUGAAGGUCCAGGAUAUUUGACCCCAGAACACUUAUUCUUGUAGGAAGCUUGAGUGCGUUUGAGAGAAAUCUGCCCAACUUGAGAUUUUUUCCGUGUUUUUUUUAAUUUUUGCACAAUUUUGUGAGAAAGAGAGCGUAACAAGUUAUAUUGGACGUUCCAGGUCGUACCGUCGAGAACAGACGUGUGCUGGGUGAUCUCGCACACUUGUGUGUCAUGAUGAGACCUGAUAUGACUCAUUUUUCAUAAGGUUACGCAAUUCCAUGCUGUGGGAUUUUACGUAUAGAGUGAUGAUCAACUGAAGAUUCGGCUGUAAAUAGCGGCGACGAUGUGCUGCGUUUCAGGUGGCUGACAACAGCGCUUCUACUUCUGUUCGAUCAUUAUAUGAAUAGCCCAAAUCCCAAGUGUUCAGAAAUGGAGCUCAUGGAGUUCACGCUCAAAAAUGCGACGUUCACGCAGUUUAUUAGAAAAUGUCAGGGCUUCAUCAAGUCACUGUCCUUCUUGGCUUAUUGUUCAUCGCUGGAGUUUCGGGAAGAAGCUAUCCUCCAACUUCAAACAACAACGCGAUUCAUGGAGUCCCUCCUGCCUUGCUUUUUCGGAAUCCCUGGGAAUCAACAGUAAAUGAAGCUGAUGAAUUCUCAAUACUUUGCCGGGAUGCGACUGGAACUCUGGGUCGCUGUGUUCCUUCCAUCGCUUGCGUUCAUGACCUGAUGGCCAUGCUUUCCAGCAAAGAUGAGCCGACUGACUGCAAAAUGAAAAACGGGGAAACGGGAGUUUGUUGCACUGCCCAGCAGUCUCAAACUGUCUCCGCCUUAACAUUUGAAGGUAAACCAAGGCUACGGUUGCUAGAAGACCGCCGAUUCACCGGCGUGUCUCACAAACAACUGCUUGAGACAUGGAAAGAAGCAAAGAAAAUUGUGGAAGAAAACAUAUCUGCUGAAGAGAAGAUCCUGAGGACAGCAGCAAAAAUUGACAAACAAAGUGCUGCCCAAGUCCAUCAAAAUUUCAUGAUCGACCGUGGACAGGAACUGAACAGCAUGGCCCGAGAGGGUAGAAUUUCUUCUGAGGCAAAUCGCCUUCUUCAUGAGAAGUUUUCAAAUGGAGUGUUGCAUAUGGACGAACAGGAUGAUGGUAACAUUACUACUCUAUGGAGUGAACUCGAGUCAUUUCAGGCCACCAGUUGCACUGAUGCAGUUCUCCAGUCCAAGUACAGAACUGCAGAUGGAAGUUGCAACAAUGCCAACCAACCAUUCUGGGGUCAAUCUAGAACGGCGACGGGGCGUCUUUCUUCUCCGACUUACGAUGAUGGUAUUUCUACGCCGAGGUCGAAGUCCGUUCUUGGAAUACCACUGCCUUCUGCAAGAAAAGUCAGCUCAGCCGUAUUCAUCAACACUGACAGAUUAGAGACGACUUUCAGCCAAACUCUCGUGCAGUUUGCUCAAUUCCUUGAUCACGAUCUCACUAGGACACCAGUCCCGGAUGUUGGGUCGAUUGCGUGUUGCAGGAAUGGAGUCGUUGUGAAUCCACCACCUCUUCAGUCGUGUCUGGCGAUUUCAAUCCCUGCCGACGAUCCGUUUUACUCUCGAUUCCAGCAGCGAUGCAUGGAGUUCGUGCGAUCGAGUUUUGCUCCAUCGCGUCCUGGAUCCCCAGCUUACAGCGAACAGAUGAAUGCAUUGACAGCAUGGAUUGAUGUUUCAAAUGUUUACGGUCAAAACGUAACCGACACGCUGAGUCUAAGGGAACGUGUCGGAGGCAGACUGAAAACGACAUCCCUGGCUACAGGAAGGGCUCAACUCCCUCGAGCGUCCACAACUUCGGGCGGGUGCACCUCUGGAGAUAGGACUGUCGCCUGCUUCCUUGCUGGCGAUACUAGAGUGAAUGAACAACCAGGAUUGGCACUCGCUCACACGAUCUGGCUUCGAGAACAUAAUCGAGUAGCGGCUGAACUCAGAACUCGGUUCCCGACUCGGGGAGAUGAGCAGUUGUUUCAAGAUGCCCGUCGCUUCGUCAUCGCGGAAAUGCAACACAUCAUCUACAACGAAUGGCUGCCUCUUGUUGUGGGACCUACGGCGAUGUCAGCAUUUGACUUGUACCUCCGAAAUGGCUUCGGAAAAUACUAUAACCCAGCCAUCAACCCCGUAAUUGCAACAGAGUUUUCCACGGCUGCGUUCAGAUUCGGUCACACUCUGGUGCAUCAUACUGGAAGCGCUGUUCCGAGAACUUCGAAUACUCCUUCGGAAACUUUUCCACUGAGGAACAGUUUCAACGAUUUGGCAUCUUUUGAACGCGCAGAAACUGUAGAAAAUUUCAUCCGCGGUCACGCCGUAUUGCCUAUGCAACGCUACGAUUACAGCAUCAUUGACGACUUGAGAAACUUGCUGUUCAACGAAAAGAAAUCGUUUGGCAUGGAUCUGAUGUCGCUUAACAUUCAACGAGGUCGAGAUCACGGACUGCCGACUUACAACACUGUUCGUGCAGCUUGUGGGCUCAUAAAAGCCAAGACGUUUAAUGAUUUGGCGCAAAAUGUUCCGAGUGAUGCGAUUCAGAGGCUCAAGUCAGUGUACGCCAGCGUGGAAGAUAUUGAUCUCUUCGUCGGCGGUCUCGUGGAGACGCCAGUUCCGAAUGCCAUCGUGGGGCAUAUUUUUUCGUGCAUAAUUGGCGAACAAUUCAGGAGAUUGCGCCACGGAGAUCGGCAUUUUUAUGAACUUGGUGGUCAAGCUGGCUCUUUCAGUCCUGAAAUGCUGACCGAGAUAAAAACGAAGGUCAGCUUCGCGAGGAUUCUCUGUGACAACUCGGACAUUGGAGAAGUGCAGCCACUUGCAUUCCUUCUUCCAUCUCCCGCAUCUUACUGGAAAAUGUUGGGGCUUCAUCAAAGCACCCUUCUUGCGGGCGUACUGUUCAUCACUCGAGUUUCCGGAAGAAGCUAUCCUCCAACUUCGUACAACAACGCGAUUCAUGGAGUUCCUCCCACCUUGCUUCUUCGGAACCCCUGGGAGUCAACAGUGAAUGAUGCCGAUGAAUCCUCGAUACUUUGCCGGGAUGCGACUGGAACUCUGGGUCGCUGUGUUCCUUCCAUUACCUGUGUCCAUGACCUGAUGGCCAUGCAUUAUAGCAACGAUGAGCCGACAGCCUGCAAAAUGAAAAACGGAGAAACCGGAGUUUGUUGCACUGCACAGCGGUCUCAAAACCCCUUGGCUUCAAAAUUCACAGGGACGCCAAAGCUACGGCUGUUGCAAGAUAGUCGAUUCUCCGGCGUGUCUCACAAACAACUGCUUGAGACAUGGAAAGAAGCGAAGAAAAUUGUGGAAGAAAACAUAUCUGCUGAAGAGAAGAUUCUGAGGACAGCAGCAAAAAUUGACGAACAAAGUGCUGCACAAGUCCAUCAAAAUUUCAUGAUCGACCGCGGACAGGAACUGAACCACAUGGCCCGAGAGGUGUUGCAAAUGGACGAACAGAAUGAUGGUAACAUUACUACUCUAUGGAGUGAACUUGAGUCCUUUCAGGCCACCAGUUGCACGAAUGCAGUUCUCCAGUCCAAGUACAGAACUGCAGAUGGAAGUUGUAACAAUGCCUACCAAACAUUCUGGGGUCAAUCUAAAACGGCAACGGGACGUUAUUUCUAUCCAACUUACGAUGACGGUAUUUCCACGCCGAGGACAAAGUCCGUUCUUGGGGGAACGCUGCCUUCUGCAAGGAAAAUCAGCUCAGCUGUGUUCAUCAACACUGACAGAAUGGAGACCAUUUUCAGCAACAAUCUCGUGCAGUUUUCUCAAUUCAUCGAUCACGAUUUCGUCAAGACACCAGUCCCGGAUGUCGGAUCGACUGCGUGUUGUCAGAAUGGAGUCAUUUUGAAUCCACCUCCUCUUCAGUCAUGUCUGGCGAUUUCAAUCCCUGCCGACGACCCGUUUUACUCGAAAUUCCAGCAGCAAUGCAUGGAGUUUGUACGAUCGAGUUUUGCUCCAUCGCGUCCGGGAUCCCCAGCUUAUACCGAACAGUUGAAUGCAUUGACAGCUUGGUUUGACGCUUCAAACGUUUACGGCCAAGAUGAAGCCGAAACGCUGAGUCUAAGGGAACGUGUCGGAGGCAGACUGAAAACGACAUCCCUGGCUACAGGAAGGGCUCAACUCCCUCGAGCACCAACAACUUCGGGUGUGUGCACGUCUGGCAAUAAGACUGUUCCGUGCUUUGUUGCCGGCGAUACCAGAGUGAAUGAACAACCAGGAUUGGUGCUCGCUCACAUGGUCUGGGUACGAGAACAUAAUCGAGUUGCAGCUGAACUCAGAACCCGGUUCCCGACUUGGGGAGAUGAGCAGUUGUUCCAAGAUGCCCGUCGCUUCGUCAUCGCGGAAAUGCAACACAUCAUCUACAACGAAUGGCUGCCCCCUGUUAUAGGACCUACGGCGAUGUCGGUAUUUGACUUGUACCUCCGAAAUGGCUACGGGAAAUACUAUCGCCGAAACGUCAAUCCCGUAAUUGCAACAGAGUUUUCCACUGCUGCGUUUAGAUUCGGUCACACUCUGGUGCAUCAUACUGGAAGCGCUGUUCCGAGAACUUCGAAUACGCCUUCGGAAACUUUUCCACUGAAGGACACUUUCAACGAUUUGGCAUCUUUUGAGCGCGCAGAAACUGUAGAAAAUUUCAUCCGCGGUCACACCGUAACACCAAUGCAGCGCUUCGAUUACAGCAUCGUUGAUGACUUGAGAAACUUGCUGUUCAAAGCGAAGAAAUCUUUUGGCCUGGAUUUGAUGGCGCUGAACAUUCAACGAGGUCGAGAUCACGGACUGCCGACUUACAACACUGUUCGCGCAGCUUGCGGGCUUCCAAAAGCCAAGACGUUUGAUGAUUUGGCGCCAGAUGUUCCGUACGAUGCGAUUCAGAGGCUCAAGUCAGUGUACGCCAGCGUGGCAGAUAUUGAUCUUUUCGUCGGCGGUCUUGUGGAGUUGCCAGUUCUGUCCGGGAUCGUGGGGCAAACUUUUGCUUGCAUAAUUGGCGACCAAUUCAGGAGAUUGCGCCAUGGAGAUCGGCAUUUCUAUGAACUUGGUGGUCAAGCUGGCUCGUUCAGUCCUGAAAUGUUGACCGAGAUAAAAACAAAGGUCAGCUACGCGAGGAUUCUCUGCGACAACUCGGACAUCGGAGAAGUGCAGCCACUUGCAUUCCUGCUUCCAUCUCCCAUCUGGAAUCCGAAGAUUUUAUGCACAUCCUCCCGCAUUCCCAAAGUGAGGCUUGAUAACUGGACCUAAUGGGAUAAAAACCCAACAUCCACGUUUGGCAUCGACUGGAAUGACAGCAAAUUUUAUCGACAUGCGAGCCGUGUGGAAUUCACGGGCAGAGAAAUUUAUUUUUUCGAAAAAGAAUCUUCAAAAAGCCGUUUUCCUUCUCCACCUAGCACUUCUGCACGAGUAAAGCUGAUUAUGAAAUGUACGUUCCUGACGAUUUACCGCCCUUGCGUCGUAUGAAAGAAGAGAAACUAUGCACUCCUCGUUUUUAUUUUAUAUUUUUCCUCCAACAAUUCCUCUGAUUUUUUCACUAAACAUAUACAGAUAGGAAGCGAAAUUAUUCAGUUCGAAGAGCGAAAAUGAGACCGAAAAGUUUGGAGAAAUUCUUCGCAGUAAGGAAACAUCUACACUUAGAGGAUGACGAUCCAUGAUGAUGAUGAGGAGGAAGAAAACGGAGGGCAAAUAUAUUUCAACAUUCAUCACUCACCGCUUAAUUUCUUUUUUCAAUUGAAUAACACAAUUAUUUUAUCUGUAAUUGAAAAAAUGCCGAGAGAAAACGACGCCACAACAGAUAUUAUUCAGAGUUUUAUGAGUUGAAGGCGACGAAAUAACCUUUUUAACCUUGCAUUGCAGAUACAUUAUUUCGAUGGUUAUGCUUGGAAAAUGCAUUCAUUUGAGAAUUUCUGCCCAAUUGCUUCAGAAAAUGUUUCUGUGGGAUAGAAUUUUUUGUUAUGACUCCUG